GAGUUGUAUUGACGGUUAAUAUAUGGGCUACGGGAAAGAAGAGUGGGAAAACAGACGAGAGACAGAGGAGGACUAGGCUGAGCGCUUAAGCCAGAGCACAGACAUGAGUAACCGCUCCAUCGCGUGGUGGCUCAGGCAGAUCGGCCUCCCUCAGUACAUCAAGAAUCUGGAGGGGGAAUUCUACGGUCUGGAGGGCUUACUGAAUGUCACAGAGGAGGAGCUGAGAAGAGCGGGAGUGGACGAGCCCGGCCACAGACAGACCAUCCUGAAGCAGCUGGAGCGACACAGGCACACGCUGGACCCGCACUCUGGAGGAGCCCGUGUGGAGAGAAGGGUCAGCCGAAAACACUCACUAGGAUCAUCUAUGGACCUGGUGAACCCACGGAAGGACCUGUUUCGCCAGAGCGUCCUGCCCCACCUCCAACGUGCUGACAGCAAGCACCGCCUCUCUGCCUCCUGCUCGCAGCUCCAGCCCCUGACCGAGGACCACAAAGACCAGAGCGAGGAAGGAAAACGCAGCAAGAGGAGGAGUGUGAGCGCAUACCUCAGUCAGCUCAAGGUGUUCCGCAGCGGGCGCAGGGAGAUGGACUCUCUGAAGAAGGAGCUGGAGGAGGAGCUGAAGCAGAGCACAGAUGAUGUGAGGAGCCACGCCUGGUACCACGGCUCCCUAAACAGAGAGGCGUCCGAGGCUCUGCUGGAGAGGGACGGGGACUUCCUGGUGCGUGAGUCCAGCUCUGCUCCGGGGGACUACGUUCUCAGCUGCUUCUGGAAAAAUUACCCCAUGCACUUUAAAAUUAUACGGGUGGUUUUGAGGCCCAAGAAGGGUUACACGCGGGAGUUGUUCCAGUUUGAGGAGGACCGCUUUGACAGUGUUCCGGCUCUGAUCCGGUUCUAUGUCGGGGGCCGACAACCCAUCUCCAAGUCGUCUGGAGCCGUCAUCUUCCACCCAAUCGCACGCACUCUCCCCCUGCGGGUCAUCAGCGAGCGACAAGAGGAGAGUAAAAACAAGAGCAGACUACCCAACUCAGACCGGGUCAAACGCCGAAGUCUCAGCUCUUCACAUGGUGAUAUGCUGGAGGUGGUCAACCCUCUGCUCAGAAGUGGGAGUCACCCAGCUAACCUGGAGAAUGUGGGCUAUUCUGCAUCACUCCAGUCUGCACAGUCUGACAGUAGCCUCCGCGCAGGGGUCCCGCAGAAGAAGGCAGAGAGCAGAGUACCUCCUCCCCUGUCUCCAGUGUUCCGCACUGGCAGUGAGCCUCUGCUGAGCCCCCGAGCAGGACCCUCACGGCCCUGUCCUCCAGGCGGAGGAGUGACUCUGCGGGGCUCGGAUGGACAGUUACACCCCCGAGCUCCACCCAAACCCCUGCGCGUCUCCACCGUCUUCCCCAACGCCGUGCCCCCUCCCCCAGCCGACAGAGACACAGACCCCUCCUCCCUCUACGACGAGCUGGUCAUACAGGUGCCCAUGCGGUGUAAGGGCCACGUGGACCGUCUGCGAGCAGAGGAGAAGUGGCAGAGCCGGGCCCGCCUCACAGAGACCUCCUUUGGCUUCCUGGAGGCACAGAAGAACGAGGAGUAUGCUGUGCCGGUCAGGACAAAGCACGACAGCUGGACCUUUGAACGGCCACAAGUGGAGAGCAGCUCUUGUUUCCAGCUGGAGAAGUUCCACUCCACACUACUGCCUGAGAACAACAGACCUCUGGACCCCACAGUCCUCAUGUCUGUGAAAGAAGUGUUCAACCGCUACGACGCUAACACCACAGCUCUGCACAUGCUCAGAGUGGACUGUCAGGUCGCUCGGAUUAUCGGGGUGACUGAGGAGCAGAGGAGGCAGAUGGGCGUGGCCUCAGGGCUGGAGCUGGUCACACUGCCACACGGACACCAGCUACGACAGGACCUGUUAGAGAGGCACCAUCUGAUCGUUCUGGGCAUGGCCGUGGAUGUCCUGGGCUGCACCAGCACCGUGAGCCAGAGAGCAACAGUCUUACAUAAAUUUAUCACACUGGCCCAGGCUCUAAAGGAGCACGCCCACGACCUCUUCGCCUUCUCUGCGGUCAUGAAGGCCCUGGAGAUGCCUCAGAUCAUGCGUUUGGAGAUGACGUGGAGAGCCCUCCGGAGGAACCACACCGACACUGCAGUGCUCUAUGAGAAGAAACUCAAGCCCUUCAUGAGCGCACUCAGCGACGGGGACGACUCAGUGUUGGACGGUCCCAUCGCAGUGCCUCACCUCGUCCCUCUGCUCAUGGCCAUGGAGGGCGAGGACCCCGUGGAGAACAGCGAGCACGGCUGUCAGACCCUGUACGACCUCCUCCAAUCAGCUCGCAGCUCCGCCCUCCACGCUAGCGACUACCAGCAGCACGCACACACACUGCUCACAGGCUGGGAGCCAGUGCCCGAGCUGCUGGAGGCCUUCCGCACAGAGUUUGCCCUGCGCCUGCUCUGGGGCCACUCCGGAGCCGCCGCCGACAGGACCGAGCGCUACGACAAGUUCAACAAGAUCCUGUGCGUGCUCUCCGACAAACUGGAACCCGUGGAGCAGCCGUCAGAGGGCGACCCGACCGACCACGACUGACAUGGACUCGCCGCUCAUGCUGCUGUCGUGUCCUCGGGCAAGACACUUCACCGGCCUGUGUGUAUGUGACGGUGGAUGAGCGAGAGCGUGUGGACGGGUGAACAGUUGGUACCAGGUGUCGGUCUGCACAAGGGUCACAAUCACAAAGGGUCCCCAGGGUUUUUGGAGCCCAGAUUUGAACCCUCUUCCUAUUCCUUUGUAUCAGAGGGGGCCCGUGUAAGGCUUUUUGCCCCGGGCCCUCAUAUUUCUGUCAACGGGCCUGGUUACAAUCUAGUACUUUUGAAUACUACAUAGAAUAGUCUAUGUUUUUUUAAGAUAAAAAUCUAAAAAUUAAAAAGAUGGAGGCAGGGACCUGUAUAAAUCUGCCGGAGAUUCACUGUUUUUAAAGAAAUACCCAAAUUUCUGUUGAACCUUUUCAUUAUUUGUUUGGGAUCGGCUCCACAAACUUGUCAUUUUAAUCUCGUGGUCCUUUUAACUGAGAACAAUUAGCGUCAGUUUCAGGUUAAAAAUUCCCUCCUGAUUUGAAUAUGAGAUUCUGAAAGGAGAAAGGUCCUCACAAAAUCCUUUAAAUCAGUGACAAAAUCUCAAGUUUUAACAAUAUUCUUUUUACCUGUCCCCCGUCUCGUCUGUAUGAACUCUGAUUGGCCGAUAGAAGGUUGUGACGUCAUCUGAGACCCGGAGCACCCUGCGAGCCUGAGGGCCUCUUUGUACGCGGUGAAAGACGGGACCCUGUUUGAACAGAGCUCUGACUUCACCGUCAACAGACACUUUAUUUUAGUGCAAUGUUUGUUAAGUGGAAAUAAUCUGUAUAGACCCUUUGAUAGACCCACUCGUUUUUUGGAAUUUCAAUGAAGAACAAAAAACUCUAAAAUGGGAAAACAGUUUCGACCUCUAUUUUCAAUAUUUAAUUUAAAGUUUAUUUCAAAUAACACCAAUCAAGUCAGUUAGUCUUGAUGCCUAUUUCAGUUCUGAUAUUUUAUUCACUCUGGUUUAUUUGAAAUUAUGCUGCUUAGUGCACCUUCAUGGAGUUCAACAAUGACUUUCUAAGGCUGUGUUCUCACUGCAGCCUGAAGUGACCCAAAUCCAAUUUUUUGGCUUCUAUGUGACCUGUAUCUGAUCUUUUAAUGACAGUCUGAACCACACAGAUCUGAUUUUUUCCAAUGUGACCCAGGACACUUGGAUAUGUGCUCCUGAAACCGAUACAUAUCUGAUCUUUUGACAUGCGACUUCAGUCUGAACGGCCAAAGUGCAUUCAUCCACCUACACGUUAUCAACAAGACACAAACGUCACUAUUCUGCGCUGAAGUAGGCACAAAUUGUUAAUGAACUCCGUGUCACUGAAGUGAAGCACAUCACCACUCACCACUCUUGGCUCCGUCUCCACAUCCACACGUUCCUUUCAACGAACUGUCCCACAAAACACCACGACCAAAAACCUCGUCCUUCUCCUUCUCAAUCUCUUCCUUAAAACAAGUAAGUUGUUCAUGUUCUGGCUCCGUUACGAGAGGAACUUUAAAAUCUCCAGGUGCUCAAUGCUGCAUCCAUGUUUGGACAACUUCUGUAAACACAGAGCACGCUCGCUGCGGUUGACACUGGGACACUUUUGGGCCGUUUAAUGUUGACACACUGGAGUCACAUACAAGUCACAUUUAAUUGGAAAUGUGAACGACCUCGCAAAAACAUCGGAUUUCAUAAAAAAAUCGGAAUUGAGCAUUAAGCCCUGCAGUCUGAAGUAGCCUAAGAUGCAAAAGUAAAUGUGUCGCUUUAAAAGAAGAUGACAUGAUUGUCCACAAAAUUGCGAUGAUUUUUCAGGUAAGUCCUUCAGCAGCACAACUUCUGGGGCAUAAACCAAAGAGAAUAACAUAUCAAAGUUAAAAUAUGCACCGAGACUGUUUUUUGAUUGGUGUUAUUUGAAUUAAACUUUAAAUUAAAUAUUGGAAAUAGAGGCCGAAAUGUGUUUUUUGUUUGACACUAAAAUAAUAAUGAAAUCACAAACUGUUUUCCCAUUUUAUUGUUUGUCAUUCUUAAUUGAAAUUCAAUAGAACGAAUGAUACAUGGACCAAAACGCAACGUGAUCAGAAUAGAAUGUUCAAAAUGGAGGCGACUGGAGGUAAAUGAAGCAGAUCUUGAGAUAGAAUAUGUUUUCAAUGAUAAACUGACAUCUGAACGAAAUGUUAAUGGUUUUAAGACAUCAUAACUAGGGAUGAGCAUGAUUAAUCGAUAAUUGAUCAUUAAGAAUUUCAUCGAUUACGUUAAUUUUAAUCGACAAACCGAAUGUAGGUUGCUGUGUGUAUCGUGACCAAACAGGUCUGUACAUGUGUCUCUCUGCACUCAGAAGGAGCGAGCAAACACAAACGGUCGGUCAGUCUGCAACGUACCGAAGCACAAAUGUGUAUUUAACGAUGACUUGUACAAGAAAUUCCACGCUUUCCGUUGCGUUCGGGACAAGUGUGAGUCCAUGUACACAGUGUACAAAGCAGGAACAUAUGUUUCUGUGUCCAGUGGGAAAAAGUUUUACCAGGUGAGAGUCGCGCAAUGUGGAUGACGAGUCCCCACCUCCCUCCCCCCGUACAGUGUCCUGGUUUUGACAAACGCAAAUCUGGUCACAUUGACCUGUAUUCACCUGAAUCAUGUCUUUUAAUCCAACAGAAAUUGAACUGCAUCAGUGACACAAGAGCUGUAGUUUUAUCUUUGCUGAGUUUAUGCAAAUUAGCGAUGUGGUUUUAAGUUUCGUUUCUGUGAGAGUUGCGCAAAACUGAAUUAAACACAUUAUAAUGUCAAACGGGCUGAUGUGGCUCUAGAGUCGUUACGGUUUAUAUGUCGUAAAGUUGAAUUUAUUUAUGCAGAUUAGUAGUGCAGCUAGUAAUAAUAAUGAUGAUCAUUUUAAUAUAACGUUAAUGAUUAAUCGAUAAUCGAUCGUUAAUUCUUCCGACGAUCGAUUAAGAAAAUUUCCUCGAAUGCCCAACCCUAAUCAUAACAAAAGAAUAAACAACUAUUUUGUAUUCCCAGGGCAGAAAUGUCACUUAGUUUGCUUUUCUGUUAAUAAGGAUUGAAAGAAGACAGGCGUAUUUUCAGGCAUCAAAGCUUGAGCUUCACAAAAAUGUUCUGUGAAGUGAAAUGUGAAAUGUGUAACAUGUCUGUGGAGCAGGGGCGUGCGGUCAGGGCAAUCGAGGCAAGCAGUGCCUGCCCAGUAAAAUCUAAAAUCAUUGCGUGUUUUGAAUUAUAUCUAAGUAAUCCUGUUUUCCCUUCAACAGCCGCACUGUUCUAACACCGCGCUGUGUUUAAUGUUGCGUUUGUGACACAUCGAGCUGUUCUGUUCUAAGUGCACCUGUCUGACCAGUGCACUGUUGUUGUUAGAAUGAACAUUUUGUGUAGUAAAAACAUUACACAUGUGGACAGCUGUCAUAUGUCAUAUAAUUUCUAGAUACUUAAUACUAUUUACACAGAUAAUAAUAAAUAAUUGUACUAGCUGGAUAAAUAAGGUGUAGUAGACCCAAAGAGCCCUGUUUGUACAAAGAUGGUGUUAAAUUCAGUCUAAUACAUGAUACGGUCUAUUCUAGACUUCUCUAGUUUGACUCCAAAAUGGCUCAGUAUACAUGCAAUUAAUGUAAGUAAAAAUAAGUAGUAUGUAUAAGAAGUAGCAUUAUUAAAUUGUUACCAACUAAAUGUUGAUGUCCACCCCAAGUCUGCUGGCCUCUCCAUAAAAGUCACUGCACACUACUGUUGUGUAGAUACAGAGACAAUGUAUGUCAGCAUUUCACAACACAAAUAUUUGUCCAGUAAAACCUAAAAAUCAUUCAUAAAAUCAUAAAUUAUAAAUUUAAAAAAAUUAAACAAAUCCCUUAAACAGAGCUGUAAAUAUGUUUAAACGAGGCUCUGAUCACAGCAGCCCACAGAGAUGUUUCAUAUUCUGUGAUAUUCUGAGCUUCAUUGAAAUCAAAUUCUGUUUCACUGCUUCACUUCUAACUCCAGCUGCCUCCAUUUUGGAAUUUAGAAUGUUUUUGUUUACAAUUCUUUAAAGUUCUUCUUACAUAUUUCUUAAAGUGCAUAUGACAGGUUUGACUACUCAUUUCAUUCACUAAGAUAUAUGUUACAUCAUUACCAUAUUUUCUGGACUAUUAGACGCGCUCUUAAGCCUCCAACCCCAUCAUAAAACAAUCCAGAGCCAAAGCAUCCUAUACACGAAUCCACUCGGGUGUCCCAGCACGACUUCAGUAACACAAAAAACACCCACAGACACACUCAUCACUCCACACCGACAAGGAACUGAACGGAGGAACGAACCGAAAAAGCGAGUGCAAUGUGCCACUUCUAGACACAACUGAGUCACUGCAAACAUGCCGACAAUCCAGACAGCACCUCCCUACACGCCACAACUGAACACAGCCCAGAGUCACCGUGAACGCCACAAACAAACAAAACCACUCACCCAUCACACUGUUGUGUUUCCUUUAAAGUCUGGUGCGGUUUAUUUGUGAAAAAAGUUCAAAAAUAGACCAUUUAAUGACAGUGUGCCUUAUAAUUCAGAGCGACUAAUAGCCCGGAAAAUACGGUCAUUUAAAUUUUUUUUUUUUGUUUAGUUUAAGUGUAGAUCAUAACAUUAACAAGGGUCAAAACGUGUCUAAAUUACUCAAUAGUGAUUAGACUAAUAAUAAUAAUAAUCAUGACAACAGCUUUAUUUAGUUAAAUGGUUUAGACCAGGGGUGUCAAACAUACGGCCUGGGGGCCAGAUCCGGCCCUCCAAGACCUUUAAUCUGGCCCUUGGCUGAUUUUAUACUAAAAUAUUUUAAUUAUAUUUUCUAUUAAAAUCUCGUUAAUUUUCUGUGGUGUUUAUCACAGCAGCGUCUCCAGCGUCUCUGUACGUGGCCCCUCCCACCAGAGCAGCACAAAUGAAGACUUGUCUCUUUCCAAACGCUCUUAAAGGACGAUCGUUUUGACUGUUGACCGUGACACCCUCAUCAACAAAAUGUCCAAAAUGAGAAAAGUGGAGCCGAGUGCAGGAUUUUCCAAGAAAAAUGGACUUAUUCCUAUUUGCAAACAAGUUCAUGUUAAAAUACUGUGUUGAAAUUGUAUUUUUCUUAAAGUUUCAGGUUGUUUAUAUUAUAAUAUUUUGUAAAAGAAAGAGUUCAUCGAUUAAAAAAGAUUUCUGUAAUAGAUUUGUGUUUCUCUGCACAAAUAUUUGAACUUAUUGUUAUUUUUGGGGUUUAUAUGACAUGAGUUUUCUGAUUCGGCCCCUUUGGGAUCAAAGUAGGUUGGAUACGGCCCCCGGACCAAAAUGAGUUUGACACCCCUGAUGUAAACGGUCAGAAAAACUCUUUCAUUGUGUGUAAAUUGUCUCUGCAUUUUGGAUGGAGUUUUCCGUGUUGAUCACAUAGACGGAGAGAUUCUGUUUAUAAACUCAACGCUACUUUCUCUAUUAUUAUUAUUUUAUUAUCUUUUCUUUUCAACUUCUUUUUCCCACAAACUCACUUCACUAAUGUAAAACUAUGAUAAAGGUACAAACCAAGUCCGAAUUAGAAACAUGAAAACCUGUCAUAUGCACCUUUCAUUGUUUUCUUUGGUUAUUUUUUCAAUGUACCUUUUGUUUUUUUACUGUCUUGCGUCUUAUCUUUGUGUACCAACCACACCUGUUCUGUGCUCUACUGGACUUUGACUGCAUUUUUAGACAACGACAAACAGACGCCCGGCUGCACAUUCCUGUUUAAAAAUGUUUACCAGGUUUACCCGAACGUAUUAUUACUUUAAUGUAUAUUUUUUUACGUUUUAUUUUCAAGCCUAAUCCUCUCAUUGCUGAACUACUGCUGUGAAAAACCCAAGAGUGCCUUUUAGUCUUUAAUAAAUGUGAUUCUAUUUUGUA